ACUUUCAGGAGGCGGGGAGAUGUGUGAGGGGAAGUCGGAGGGAGGAAAAGGCGGGAACAGGAUGGCAGUUACCGCCUGCUUGUGUUUAAAUUUCAUGCACGUCUUUCAUUUAGCACGUUUCGCAAAUGGAAAAAAGGAAUGCAGAGGGAAGAGAGGAUUAAUUUCUUUUUCUGUUUAAAAGGGGUGCCUUUUUCUGAAGAAACGAGAAGCUAAACAAAAGCAAACCUCGCUUUGCCAAUAGUUUCCCCCUCAUAUUCAUUCAUUUUGUAACCUAAAAUGAUAAUAGUAGAUAUAGAUAGAUAUGGGAAAAGAAGGGAAAGAACAACGCCAUAGGAGACGAAAAAAGAAAAAUCAAUCUUUGUACCAGAAGAAAUUGAACAGCUUUACCAAUUUCAAAAUGUCAAUUAAUGCUGAAAUCCAAUAUUGUACAUGUCUUUUCAGAAGAAAGCUCCAUUGGGUUCAGUGGGGCUUACUCCCAGCACAGGAAGACCCUGCAGCAAGCUGAACCUGUAUUCUACCGCAAGGCCCAUAAUUUCCCCUCUCACACUAGCACUGACUUGUCGUAUAUUCUGGCAGCCUGAGAAUUCUGGAGCAGCCUUCAGUGCCUUAUUUUGUCAGAAAGUAGUAGGUGCUCAGCAGAAGGAGGCCAAGAACUGAGUCAAUGAGGUGGCCAAACCUUUUAUGCUUAGGUAUUGUUUGUGAAGGAGUUAGCUGUUUUCUCCUUAUAGUUCUCAAGGAGAAGAAAAAAAGAACUCAGGAAUAUCCUCACUCUGUAGCUGGAAGUUUGGAUACUUUACAUUUUAAAGUUGCUGGAAGCCAACAGUAGUUCCCUAUGAGUGCCUCCCUUCUCUUGAAAGAAGACAAAAACACAUAAAAAACAUCUAUUUUUAAAAAGUAAAAUGGUUCCAUCUCCAUGAACAGCAGACAAGAAUUGCCAAGUCAAGCUUCUGUUAAACCACCACACACUUAUUGUCAAGGAAAUUGUAUUCCCAAAGAUUUGAUUAUUACCUUUCCAUGUUCCACAUCAUGCUACAAUGCUAUCUUUUUAUAUAUAUAUUUUCUUAAAAAUAAAACAUAAAAUGUUAAAGCUUCAAAGCACUUUAGAAAGCUUCACAUUAUAGCAAAAGAAAAGAUUGAAGAUAACUUGAUCUAGCCCUCAACUGCAUUGCUUCUUCAGUUCCUCCAGCUAUCUGCAUCCUCAGCUGAUCAAAUUUCAUCAAAGAAUCAGAACUUGAUCGUUCUAUUGAUUGACUGAGAAGAGUCACCUCUAGAUAUUUUCACACUGAUUUGGAAGAUCAUUUACACACACACACACACACACACACAAUGAAGUUAAGGAAGACUUUUGAUGACUGACUGGCAGGCUUGGAAAAGCUUGCCCAUAUUCUCUGAACAAGAUCAUCUACGAACGUGGCAUCUGUAACAGACUUUCCCCUUGCCUAAACACGCACUUCAAGCUGGAAAACUGCAGUUGUUAUUACCUUGACCUCUGAAGCGUUUGCUAUUUGUAUUAGAUGCGGAAUUUCUAUGCUGAUCCUGAGAGCCUCCCCUAGGGCAACAUUUGCCUUUCUCAAGAUUUUAAGCAUCUCCUCUGCCCAGGAACCUUGCGCUUAGUCACACGGCUGCCAUGCUGCACCACGCUGCUUUCUUAUUGCGCUGCCUCCCACUAGUCAUGGGACAGUAUGACAUUUGCAAAUCCUGGGUGACCACAGACAAUGGGCCAAUGUGGGAAUUUUAUGCCUGCCAACCAAGGGCCAUGCCCAUGAAGGAAUAUGCAACUGUGCGAGUGGAGCCACCGGGAAUUACUUGCGGAAACCCCCCUCAGAAAUUUUGCACUCAUGAAAACCCUUACAUGUGUGAUGAAUGUGACGCCUCCAACCCCGACCUGGCCCAUCCACCAAAGCUGAUGUUUGACAAAGAAGAUGAAGGCCUGGCAACAUACUGGCAGAGCAUGACGUGGAGCCGUUACCCGGAGCCUCUGCUGGCCAACAUCACACUUUCUUGGAACAAGAGCAUUGAGCUGACGGAUGACAUUGUGGUGACAUUUGAGUAUGGGCGUCCCACUAUGAUGAUACUGGAGAAGUCCUUGGACAGUGGGAGGACUUGGCACCCAUAUCAAUACUAUGCAGACGAUUGCAACGAAACCUACGGCAUGCUAGCACGGCGGGUCAGGAACCUCUCCACCACCAGCUCCAAUAGGGUCAUCUGCACCGAGGAGUAUUCCCGCUGGCCAGGCUCCAAGAAAGAGAAAAAUGUGCGCUUUGAGGUGAGGGACCGCUUUGCCAUUUUUGCUGGGCCAGAGCUCAAGAACAUGGACAACCUUUACACUAGGCUGGAGAGUGCCAAAGGGUUGAAAGACUUCUUCACCAUGACGGAUUUGCGGCUGAGGCUGCUGAGGCCGGCACUAGGGGGCACCUAUGUGCAGAGGGACAACUUGUUCAAAUACUUCUAUGCUGUCUCCAACAUUGAAGUCACGGGCAGGUGUAAAUGCAACCUCCAUGCCAAUUUGUGCACCUUCAAAGAAGGAAGCCUCCAGUGUGAGUGCGAGCACAACACAACUGGGCAGGACUGCAGCCGGUGUAAGAAGAACUUCCGGAGCAAGUCAUGGCGAGCGGGCUCCUAUCUGCCCCGCCCCAAUGGCUCUGCUAAUGUAUGUGUGGCUCCAAACUUUGGCAAUUGUGAAUGCUACGGCCACUCCAAUCGCUGCAGCUUCAUCGACUUCCUGAAUUUGGUGACCUGCAUCAGCUGCAAACACAACACUAGGGGGCAGCACUGCCAGCACUGUCGGCCGGGCUACUAUCGGAACAGCUCCGCAGAGCUGGAUGAUGAGAGUGUGUGCAUAGAUUGUAACUGCAACCGAAUAGGCGCGGUGGCCAACCGCUGCAACGAGACCGGCUACUGUGACUGCAAAGAAGGCGUCACUGGGCCAAAGUGUGACGACUGCCUGCCUGGCUACUACUGGAGGCAAGGCUGCUUUCCUAAUGUCUGCGACGAGGAGCUCUUGAUUUGCCAGAAUGGCGGCACUUGUUACGACAACCAGCGUUGCCUCUGCCUGCCAGGCUUCAAGGGCAUCCUCUGCGAGCAAUCCAAAUGUGAGGGAGAGAACAAGGAAUGUGACUCGGCCUCUAGCACACACCUCAGCAUCUUCACCUUCCUCAUCAGCCUGCUGAGCCUGCAGCUGAGGCACUGGUUGGAACUCUGAAGCCCAGCAAAAUGGGGGCCCAUUAAAAAAAGCCUCAGGAAAGGACCGGUGAGGGAGAUAACAAGCUAAGGGGGCAGGAGGGCUCUCCCCACCACCAGCCUCUCUUUCCUCCAGCUCACGGAGAAAAAAAAGGGAUUCAAGGGGCUUACUCUCCCUUCUGCCCAAGCUGUGGAGGACCCCAGCUGGAUGGGGCUGCGCCAUUGCUGAGACAGAACUGACUCCAUCAUCAGAAAAGAAAAAGCAAGUUGCCACAACUUUGGGGUGCUGGUAAAAGAACUUGCAUCACUCCCUCUUUCUGUUCAGGGGUGACCUUGCAACCCCUUUCACUCUGUGCAGGGGCAGUCUGCCAAAAAAAGCCACAAACCUCUGGUGUUUAGUUGCUUGGCUAUUUUCCUUAUCUCUUUUCCUUUCAUCCUUAUGCCUGUUGUUUUGGAAGUAGCCCUCCUAACAGAGACUGGCAGCUGCAGAAAAAUCAGGGCAGGGGGAACCUUGCAAGACUAAACCCACCUUGCAGCGUUAGCUGCUCCAACCCCGGUCUGAAGUUAUUACCUACAACUCAAGUUGCUGAAUUUAUUAAGUUUUUGUACUUUCCCCUCCCAGUUUUUGUUUGGUUGUGAGUUUCCAAUUUUCCUUUUCCCCGCACUCAAGGGACUGAACAAGGACCGCUUUGUAUUGCGCCAAAAAGUAUAACGUGUUAUCCAGGCUUCACCGUAUAGUUUACGGUUCUCAGAUUUUUUUUUGUAGAGAAUUAUUUUUGUUUGGAUUAUAAAUGUUCUAAAGAGAAAAAAAGACAAAAUCACCACAGCCUCUAGAGACACAUUUUACCAUAAGUAUUAUGGUGUAAUAAUCCUACCACAGUAAAACAACUUGCUAAUUGCUGCCCAGUCUCUAUUUCUCCCCCUACUCACACUCCUUUCCACACUCAGUUAACUUACCGGUAAUGGGCUUUAAAGAAAAUUACAAACGUCUCCUUGCAGUUACUGAUACCAAAGGCCUGGGUUCAACUGCUGGGGGUUUGUUGGGAGCUUAACUGCUGGUUUCGUUUGAACAGACUUAUAUAUAGAAUACAUUGCCACAGUUCUUUCCUAGUUGUAUAGAGGUGGCCCAGGGACUAUUAAUUUUUCCACCCCAGCAAAACACAAACCUGUUUGGUCCUAGUUCUAUUUCCAUGGGAGGAAAAGGCAGAACACUCUAAGCCCUGGAUAAUUAGAGAAACAGAUUAGAUUAGACCUGCAACAAAAUAUUGCAGUGUAUUUCAUCUCCUUGCAGGGGUCCUCUUGCUCAGACUUCCCUCCCGCUAUCACCUCCUCCACCAUGCUCUAAGAUCUAUGGGAGUCUUCACCAACCAGGUCCCCUCCAGAUGUUUUGGACUACAACUCCCAUUAACCCCAGCCAGCAUGGCGAAGGCUAAUGUAUGGGAUCAAGCAAGCAAAUUCACCCGCCCUCCUAGGUUUUGUUUUCCUUUUCCAACUGACUCAAGAUUGUGUCUCAGGUC